AUGUCUUUCCGACUGCCCCGCGUCCUUCCCGAAGUGCGACCGCUGGUGGCAGCGGAUUCAGACCGAGCAUGUCGCAGGCACAUCUACAGUGCGUCCAUAUCGGGAAAGGGGCCUGCCCCUACGCCGAGCCAGGGACCCUCAGUGCACUACUACUCCAACCACUUGGACACUUUGGGCACCCCGCGUCUUACGCGCAUUGUCAAGAAGCCAGGCUUAAAGCGGGCACCGUCCGCGCUCAUGGGCAGCGCCCCGACUGGGCGCGGUGAGUAUCCGGUCCCAGUGGUUGGCUUUAGUUCGAGGCGGCCACCCUCCAUGGCCAAUGUACAGGCUGCAGCUAUUGAACAGAUGAUGCUGGAAAACGGCAAGUUGCAGGCAACUGGAGGCACCUCGUCCUCCUUGCCGCCAAUCAAGGCGUCCGCCUGGCAACACAUCCAAAAGCAUCAUCCACAAUUUGGUGGCAAAAAUGGCUCCGCUCUGAUCCGCUUACCUCAGCAAGAAG